AUGGCGUACAUAGGCUUAAUUGAUAUCUUCAUAGUUUUCCUUGUUUUCAUCCUUUUGCAUUUCUUGCUUCACAAGAAAACCCAUAAAAUAUUUCCUAGAAACUGGCCCGUUCUUGGGAUGCUUCCUGGUGUUCUCCUCAUGCUUCACAAGAUUAAUGGCUAUCUUGUAGAAGUUCUCGAAGCCUCCAACUUAACCUUUGUAUUCAAAGGCCCAUGGUUCUCUGGAAUGAACAUGUUGAUCACCGCAGAUCCUGCAAACGUUCAACACGUCUUCAGUUCCAACUUCUCUAAUUACGACAAAGGAUCAGAGUUCAAAGAGAUGUUUGAUUUUCUAGGAGAAGGAAUCUUCACAGCUGACUCCAAACUCUGGGAGGAAAUGAGGAGAUCAUCAAUGGUCAUGCUUAGCCAUCCACGGUUUCAAAGCUUCUCAUUAAAGACCAUUGCUAGUAAAAUCAAGAAAGGGCUUGUGCCAGUUCUUGAUCAUUUUGCAAAGGAGAAAAUGGUUUUUGAUCUACAAGACGUGUUCCAGAGGUUAGCAUUCGAUGUAACCCUUACUCUAGUAACGGGUUACGAUUCCAACUCUCUUUCCAUUGAAAUGCCGAAGAAUGAGUAUGCAAAAGCUAUGGAUGAUGCUGAAGAAGUGGUUGUGGUUAGACAUGUUAAGCCUAUGUUCUUGUGGAAGCUUCAAAACUGGUUUGGACUUGGAGAAGAGAAGAAGAUGACACAAGCUAAUGCUUCUUUUGAUAGAUCUUGUGCAAAAUAUAUAUCUGCAAAGAGAGAGGAGGUUAUAAGCCAAAAGAUUCAUCAACACUCCAUUAUUGGAGAAAAUGAGGAUUUAUUAAAAUUCUAUAUGAAUCUUGAUACCUCCAAGUAUGAGCUCUUAAACCCUAAAGACGAUAACUUCCUCAAAGACAUCAUCAAGAGUUUCAUGCUUGCUGGAAGAGACGCCAUUGCAACAACUCUCACUUGGUUCGUCUGGCUUCUCUCCAAGAACCCUGAAGCUCUGAUCAAGAUCCGCCAAGAGAUCAACACAUAUCUUCCAAGAUCCUCCGAGAACAGUAUAGACCAAGAAAAGGUAAGUAAGAUGGUGUAUCUACAUGGUGCAUUGUGUGAAGCACUAAGGCUCUACGCUCCUAUACCGUUCGAGAGAAAGUCUCCUAUAAAGGAAGAUGUGCUUCCAAGUGGACACAAGGUGGAUGCAAAGUGGAAGAUCUUGUUCUCGGUCUAUGCCCUAGGGAGAAUGAAAGCCGUGUGGGGAGAGGAUGCGUGUGAGUUUAGACCAGAGAGAUGGAUCUCUGAGAGAAAUGGAGGCUUAAAACAUGAACCUUCUUUCAAGUUCUUUGUGUUUAACUCUGGUCCAAGAAAUUGCUUGGGGAAAAAAUUGUCUUUCUUGCAGAUGAAGAUAGUAGCUGCUGAGAUCAUAAAAAACUAUGACAUCAAGGUCCUUGAAGGGCAUAAGAUUGAGCCAGCUUCUUCUAUAGUCCUCCACAUGAAACAUGGUCUCAAAGUCACAGUUGUUAAGAGAUGCUUGGUUUCAUAA